AUGCUUAGCCUGCCCCGCCUCUGCGCCGCCGCGUUGAUCCCCCCGGCCGCCGCCGCCGGCUCAAAGCCUCCCUACGGAGCGCAUUUAUGUGCUUCAACCUCGUGGAUCCCUCUCUCUGGUCCUCGUUCUUCAUCAAUCCGGAAGCACCGCGGCUCGCGCGGAGGGAGAAUCUUCUCGACAGCUGCUCAGCGGGAAAAUGAAGAGCCGAUGGCUGUGGAAGCCGAGCUGGUGGAAGAUGCGGAGAUGGAAGGAUUGGGCGUAGAGGACGUUGAUGUGGAGGAAGAAGAAGGAGAAGAAGGAGAGUUCUCGUUCAGGGGCGGGUACAUGGGGAGAGGAGAAGGAACAGACUAUGAUAAGGAUCCCGAGUUUGCUGAAAUCCUUGGGAGCUGCUUCGAUGAUCCCGAGAAGGCCCAAGCGCGUGUAUAGACCCUCCCUCCGUUGUGUGUACUUCCUCUGGUAUUUAUUCUCCAAUCCUCUUUCUAAAUUCUAUAAUGAUGCAUUGAUUCUAUCUAGGUGGAGGAGAGGAUCCGGAAGAAGCGAAACAAGAUAGUCCAAGCGAAGACUGGUUCGUCAAAUCCCGUGAAGGUCACACUCAAUAAGUGAGUCACGUAGUACGUCACGUUUUCUUACAUUUCUCUCAGUUCAAGCUGUCAAACGAUGGUUCAUUUCUUCCUAUCCAGAAAUUGGACGAUCAGGUCUCACUCAUAUUCACGGAUUUUGGAUUUAUCAGCCUCUCUGUCGUGCUCAUUUUAGAAUUUCUUGCACUUCGACGCUGUGGGAUCAAGAAAUAUCCCUGUUUCAUUCAACUUCUAAUUUUCUUUUUUGUUCUUCUGUUAUGAAAUUCGCUCUAACUGCAGGCCGCAGAAGUUCCUUUAGUUGUGAAUAACUAUACUGCAGAAAUCUUAACCUAAGAGUUCGUCUGCCAGGAUAUUGCGUUCUUUGAAUUUCAAUAAAGUAUGGCUGGAUUUGUGUGCCUUCAUGCGUAUAAACCAGACCUAGCUCCGAGUUUUUUAGUUCCAUAAAUUUUCCCCGAUUAGGUUUAGGGAAUGAAACUUUUUUCUGGUGUUGUCACAAAAUAUUCGUGUUUCUUUGAUUCUAUUUUAUUUUAUUUUCCAGGUUCAUGAGCUAUUGACGCUUAAUUGCGCUUCUAUUUAUUGUUUGGAUUGUAAUAAAGACCACUAUAUUCCAGGUUCUCAAUGAAAAACGAGAGGAUUUGUUUCACGAGAAUAAAGGACGGAAAAUCUGAUGUAUUUUCUCUCUAUACAACUGCAUUUAAAGGGUUCGCAGAUUAUUGUAAAGUGUCUACACUAUAUUGGAACUAUUUUUUAUAUUCUCCAUCAACAGCAUCUGUGAUAAAUAUAGUGUAUGUUCCAUUAAUGUGUUCAAUGUGGAGUUGAAUAAGGCCAGCUCCCUCUACAAUCUGCAUCACUUUAGAAAUAUACAUGCUGAUUAUUGUGUUUUUGCAUGCUCAUCACAUAAAAUGUUGACAUAAUCACGGUAAUUUAUGCUCUCAAUAAUUUUAAAACCAUUCUUAUUCUGUUUUAGGAUUUAAUUAUGACUUCUUUAUUUAUCCUUCGUUCCUAAUUAAUAAAUAAUAAGUUUAUUUGUGCAAUAAAUUAUUUCUACAUUAGUCACUUAGCAGGUUGUUAACUUUCCGGGAUGUUUAUGCAGAUUUAAUUUCUCAAACUCUUACAUCUGGUUCGAAUUCUACAAUGCUCCAUUAGCCAACGAUAUUUCUUUAAUUUGUGAUGUAAGUUGUUGCCUCUUCAACUAUAUAUAUAUUUCCUUCAGAAGUUGACUCUAUUGACUCACUUGAUUUUCAUUUCCAGGCCAUUCGGUCUUGGCAUAUUAUAGGGCGUCUCGGUGGUUGCAACUCUAUGAACAUGCAGGUGGGCUAUGAUUAUCAUACAUUUUUUUAAUGGUGAAAGAAUUUCAGAGACAACUCUAUGAAAUCCUCCUAAGCAUCAUGCUAGAUUUCGAUAUGCAUUUGUCUGUCCUAUUGAUUUAGGUUCGUGGGUCUGUUAUUUUCUUCAAGAAAAUAAUAAUCUAGGAUCAUCAUCCACGAUAAUAUUGAUGGGUCCUCUGACCAUCCUCUGAUGGAAGCUCAGCCGGCAUCAUUUUGCUUGUGAUUUGGAUUUCAGUGCCAAGAACACAUAUUCUUUAUUUAUUGAAGCUUUAUUUUGAUCUUCUAAAGCUCCCUUAAUAUUUCCUGCGGCACUGAACACCUAAAAAGGCAGCUAUUUUUCUGAACAAUGCAGUUGUCACAGUUGCCUCUGGACCACAAAAGGCCUACUUAUGAUGCCAUCCAAGGAGCCAACGUCACUCCAACCACUUUUUAUAACAUCGGCGACCUUGAGAUUCAAGACAAUUUGGCACGGAUAUGGUAAUAAAUAAAUUAUAAUUUAAAAUAUCAUUAUUUUUCGUUUUUAUUUAAUUCUAUGGUUUAUGUGUAUGAGUGUGCAUUUAGACUCAGACGUCUGUCUGUUCGAACAGGGUGGACAUCGGAACAACAGAACCAUUGCUUCUAGACGUAUUGAUAAACGCAUUAAUUCAAAUAAGCUCCGAGUAAUUUCUCUCUCCUCAGCAUCUCAUAAGAUCCUUUGUGGGUUUUCUCGGCAUUGUAGAUAGAGUUUGGACAUAGUUUUUUUUUUUUUUUUUUUUUUUUUUUCAAGUAAAUGGGCUGGGCAGGCAUUGAAACCUAGAUUGUGCGGCUGACUUGUGUAUGUUCCUAUGAACAGCUAUGUGGGCAUCAAGCAGGUGAUGUUUGGUGGCCGCGAAUGGGAGAACUGGAAGGAGAACAUGUCAGAGGAUGCCGGCUGCAGUGUUCAUAAGAUCUAG